AGGCCUGAUGCAUUUAUUCCAAGUGUUAGUGCUUGGGCAGAUGUCGGAGCUCUCAGUGCGGCUGCUUGCUAUUUACAGCUUUGUAGCUCCAUACUCUAUCAAUCAUGUGGCUCCUCCUGCUGGUGUUAGUGGGAAUUAUUCUUUUAUACAGAUGGCACAGGCAGAGUCAGAUACUGGAGAACCUCUCAGAUAAAUAUGUCUUCAUCACUGGAUGUGACACUGGAUUUGGAAAUCUGCUGGCAAGGCAAUUGGAUAAACGUGGAAUGAAGGUUCUGGCAGCUUGUUUGACAGAUACAGGAGCUGAGAACCUAAAAAAGGAGACAUCAAGUAGAGUGCAAACCAUGGUCCUUGAUGUCACUGAUAGCCAGGGUGUGAGAUCUGCUGCUGACUGGAUUGAACAGCAGGUCAAAGAAGAAGGAUUAUGGGGUCUUGUGAAUAAUGCUGGCAUUUCUAUACCUACAGCCCCCAAUGGGUGGCUGAAUAAAGAUGAUUUUGUCAAGGUGCUGAAUGUCAAUUUACUUGGCAUGAUUGAUGUGACACUAAAUCUACUUCCUCUUAUCAUGAGAGCCAGAGGACGAAUCAUUAAUGUGUCCAGUGUGAUGGGCAGAUUGGCAUUUGUGGGAGGAGGAUAUCCCAUUUCCAGAUUUGGAGUAGAAGCUUUCUCCGACUCUAUGAGGCGUGAACUUCGCCCCUUUGGGGUUAGAGUUUCUGUCAUUGAACCUAGUUCAUAUAAAACACCAGCUACACACGUGGAGACUACAAUACAAAGCCUACAUUCUGUCUGGUCCCAGGCUCCUCAGUGGGCGAAGGAAACCUAUGGACAACAUUAUUUUGGCGUUUAUUGCAGGUUCAUCCAAUAUAAACUAUCUAGGUGCAACCCUCACAUAACGCAGGUGACUGACUGCAUGGAACACGCCCUGACUGCUGUAUAUCCUUGGACACGAUAUUCUGCAGGAUGGAUAACCAAACUCUUCUACCUCCCAGUAUCUUAUCUUCCAACUUUCAUGUCAGAUUGUCUACUGGCUCAUCCUUUGUCAAAGCCACCAUGUUUUUGCUCUUCAAAUACUAGUACAUGACUUGAAUAAUACAGUGCUUCAUGUUUGGCUAGAAUAUUAAAAUAGAUUGAUAAAUCUUUAUUAAACCUUUUGACUGUAA